UAAGCCUAAAACAUCAGCUGAGCAGGCACAAUGGCUAUGAUUACAUUAUCCAAGUAACUUAAGAAGCAACUUGUGAGUGUAAUAAGAGAAGAGUUGAUGUAAGAGGCAGUUAAAUCUCAAAGGACAUGAUCAAAACAUUCUGCUAAGAGCCAAGAGUUUCCACUUUAAGGUGAAUCCUAAGAGGCAUCAACUAGUGUGAAGAGGAACAUCUACAUUCCACAUAUAUAAGGUCGACAAUGGACACACAUAUCUUUCGUAGAACGGUUAUACUUUUUGUGGCCACUAUUUUUUUUACUGCUGUUGAAAGUCAAGUUUAUGACUAUUUUGACCUGGAACCUGCUUAUUUGCUUUCCAAUGACUGUCCAAAAGAGUGUUCUUGCCCUCCUAGCUUUCCACGUGCCUUAUACUGUGAAAACAAAGGUUUGAAAGAAGUUCCUCGCAUCCCGUCAAGAAUUUGGUACUUGUAUCUGCAAAACAAUGAAAUUGAGUCGCUUAACGAAAAGCAAUUUUCCAACGCUACACAACUUAGGUGGAUCAAUUUAAACAAAAAUAAAAUCACAAGUCAAAGUAUUGAAAAGAAUUUCUUUGGAGCAAUGAAGAAUGUACUUUACCUGUUUCUAGAAGACAAUGAUUUAGAAGAAGUGCCUGCCCCAUUACCAAGCAGCUUAGAACAACUUCGUUUAGCAAAAAAUAAAAUCUCAAAGAUUCCUGAAGGUGUUUUUAGCAAUUUAGAAAACCUUACUUUACUGGAUUUACAUCAGAACAAGCUCAAAGAUGGUUCCUUUCAAGAUGAUGCAUUUUCAGGACUAAAAAAUCUGAUGCAGCUCAAUGUGGCCAAAAAUGAACUUAAGAAAAUGCCAGCAGGCCUACCUUCUAAUACCGUACAAUUGUAUUUAGACAAGAAUAAUAUUGAGUCAAUACCUGAUGACUACUUUAAUAAUGUGCCAAGAAUCUCAUUUAUUAGGCUCAACUACAACAAGUUAUCUGACAAGGGUAUACCAGCAAAUGUAUUUAAUGUAACUUCCCUCCUAGACUUGCAGUUGUCACACAAUGAACUAGCAACUCUGCCCACUGUUAAUGGCCAUCUGGAGCGCCUUUAUCUUGAUCACAACAAGAUUAAAAACAUAAAUGGAACAAUAAUAUGUCCUAAUGUAGUGAAAGAUGAACACGACCCAGAUUUUCCACAUGGACCCCGUCUUCGUUAUUUACGUCUGGAUGGAAAUGAAAUUCAGCCACCAAUACCGUUAGAUAUUAUGAUUUGCUUUAGACUUCUUCAGUCCAUAGUUAUUUAGGUAUCUACAAUACAUUAAACUAAUUGACCAGUUAGUUCAUUUAGAUUAAUGUAGAUAAUUUGAGGUUCAUAGUAAUCUACCAUGCGAUUUUUGUAUGAAUUUUAUGGGGAGGGGCAACAUAUUUUUGUAUACUAAUUGCUCUGCUUUCAGGUUAAUCAUAUAUUAGAACAUCUAAAUCAUCCGAGAAAUCAACUUUCUUGGAUCCAAAUGUUCCAGGUACUGUAUAUCCAAAAGGUGUGAGAUUUAUUUAGAUUAUGCUAUAAACAGUGAGGUUCCAAGAGUGUAGACUAUUGUUUUAUUAUGUAAUGUUAGGUAUUGUGUUAGAUUAAACCAUGGUAAUUAUGGUAUCCCUCACUUUGUAUACUAGUGAUUUUUAUCAUUGUUAAAAUCAUAUUUCCUUAGGAGACUCUGUACAAUAAUUAUGUAUUAAUGCUAGGAACUCAAUACAGAUGUUAGUAAUAGGGCAAUAUACAUCUGACUGACUAGGUGUUUUACCAUGAUGUACUGAAUAUGGAAAGCAUGCACCACGGUAA